AUGGAGCGUGGUCGAGUUCUUUGUCCGCUAUACCAUGAUUUUGUUCGGCCUCGUGACGAUCACCGGUUGAACGCUGCUCAAGCCGACCCCAAGGAGGUCAAUUUCAGCUCAGAGGCGCCGGCUAUCACGGGCUACAUGCCGAACGCCCCUGGGAUUCGAAGGACUAUUGUCGAUUCGUUCCGGUGGGGGUCGAAGGAAGGUAGGCAUGUACACUGCAUCUAUGACUCCGAUCACGUGUGCGGAACCGGCCCGGCCCCGGCGUUGUCCGGAAAAGGCAAGGCGGUCCUGAUCUGUACGGAGUACAGAACUGCACCGUAUGUGCUACAGUCUCGACUAAAGUCUCGAGUCUCGAAUCUCUACCAACCGGUCCGUGAAUGCCUUCCCCAGAUCCCCGCGCUUUCCGCGCUGCUGCACAUGUAUAGAGUAGAGACCCUGUAUCUUGACUUCUGA